UGCAAUGACCAUACAUAAAUCACAAGGACAAUCAUACGGCCGUGUUGGUAUUUACCUUCCAGAACCAUUGUUCACACAUGGUCAACUGUAUGUUGCUUUAAGUAGAGUUAGAAGUAAAGAUCAAUUAAAGAUUGAAAUGUCUGCCAAUUCGGAUAACUGUGUUGACAAUAUAGUCUACAAAGAGUUAUUAUAA